AAAAGUGAAAAAACUUCGACCAUCGAGAUCAAUAACCUUAUACAUAACCUUAAAACUACUAAAUAAAGUAUAUAAGAUGUCUGGAGAAAGUUCAUUCAUGCAUUUGGUCAGACCAAAUGUUGCUGCUCCAGCAAGUUCCACUUCUACAGGAGCUUCCAAUAUUAAGAUACAUGCACCAGCACUCUUUCAAAUCCUUGAAAUUGUUUCUAAACAAGUACUUUCAGCUGAAAAGAGAAUCAUCGGAACUUUAGUUGGUCUUAGAUCAGAAGAUGGUUUAGAACUUGAAAUCAGAGAUGCUUAUGUUGUUCCAUGUAAUGAGACUGGAGAUUCAAUUACUAUUGAAGAUAGUGUUCAUAAGACUUUAUUCCAAUUACAUAAAAAAGCUCAUCCAAAGGAAGCCGUUUUAGGAUGGUUUGGAAGUUCUAAUCAAAUAGAUAGUACUACUAGUUUGAUUCAUGAUUUUUAUUCUAAAGGUGCUUAUCCAUUCCCAGCUAUUUAUUUAAAUGUAGAAUAUUUAACUGCUGAUAAUCAAAUAACAGUACCAAAAUUAUCAACUUAUGUUGGAGCUACCGUUGGUAAACCUGGUUCAACUCAACAAAUUGGCUGGAAAACUACUACUACCAACAAUUCCUAUAUUUUCACUCCAAUUCCAAAUCAAGUCAUAAAUGGUUCUAUUACUGAAAAGAUUGCCUUUAAACAAUUAAGGGAAAAAUCAGUUAAUACUACUUCAACUGCAUUAACUUCUGAUUUAUCUUAUUUAUCUAAUCAAUUAGAAGCUGUCACUACCAAUAUUGAUAAUUUAUUACGUUUCAUAGAAUCUAAAGGUGUGGAAGCUAAUAGUGAUAAAGAUCUUGAUUUAUUAAGAUUAUUAAGUAAUACUUUAUUAAACAAGCCUCAACUUUUAUCUAAUACGGAAGAAUUAAAGAAUUUGUUCAGUGCUCACAAUCAAGAUGUGAUUAUGAUCGAAUACUUGACUAAAGCCGUUAAGGAUCAAAUCGAAUUAAGUGCUAGAUUAACUGCUAGUGCUGAAGCCGAUAAGAAGUUCUAAGUCGUUAAUUAACUAGUUAAAUGCUUAAUAGUUAAAUAAUAAAUUUAUGUAUAUUAGUCUUUCAACACUACGAUAAUCCAUUCCUCUUCUUACUAUACGUAGAGAGGGGUGUCGUAAACAAUUUAAUACACUUUUAAAUAAAAUCAAGUAGUUACUUGUAGGCCUACUAAAUAUUUAAGUGAUGCUAUUCUCACGUGACCGUUUAUUGCAAUACUUGGCCAGCGAACGACCUGUUCCAAGCCUAUAUGGCUGCAACUCUUAAUCAGUUAGCUCAUCUUACUAUGAGGUGAAACUUCCCCCAAAUCAUGCUGGCUAUAAAUAUACGGGCUGAACUAUAUUAUAUAAUUACUCUUUUAUAAAUUACGGAAAGAAGUUUGUUAUUCUUAUACAAUACUUCUGAUUUUGCGGACUUGCAUAAUUUAGCUGCGAACUUGCG